CCAUUCUUCUUCAUUUGCUUUCGCGAGAGCCUCGAGACGAGCAUUAUUGUCUCAGUCCUUCUGUCAUUUCUUAAGCAGACUCUGAGUCUUGAAAAUGAUGCUGCAAUUCAAAGAAAGUUGAUAAAGCAGAUCUGGCUUGGUGUUGGCCUAGGAGUGAUCAUAUGUCUCAUUAUUGGCGCGGGUUUAAUCGCUGCGUUCUAUACUGCGGGUAAAAGAGCCUUUGAUGCCGCAGAAUAUCUCUGGGAGGGAGUCUUUGCCAUCGUCGCCUCCAUUAUCAUUACAAUCAUGGGAGCUGCCCUGCUACGGAUAAACAAGCUACAAGAGAGAUGGAAUGCUAAACUCAAAAAGAUUUUCGAACAAGACGAUACGUCAAAGCUUCCGGUAUCUAGUCGAUUUAAGAAGUGGUCGGAAAAGAAUGCGAUGUUUUUACUUCCGUUCGUCACGGUUCUUAGAGAGGGCAUCGAAGCCGUCCUUUUCAUUGCUGGCGUUGGAGUUGGUAUGCCAGCAACAUCGUUUCCCUUGGCAGUGUUCUGUGGGCUCGGAGCUGGUAUUCUCGUCGGAGUCCUGAUUUACAAGGGCGGAAAUAGAACCUCUCUCCAGAUAUUCCUUGUCGCUUCUACAUGCUUUCUCUACCUUGUAGCUGCUGGUCUUUUCUCGAAGGGUGUUUGGGACUUUGAAACCCAUCAGUGGGUCAAAGUUGCCGGUGAAGGCGCUGUCGAGGCUGGAAAUGGCCCAGGGUCAUACGAUAUCCGCAAGAGCGUUUGGCAUGUAAAUUGCUGCAGCCCAGCAAGCUACGGAGAAGGCGGAUGGGGAGUCUUCAACUCCCUGUUUGGUUGGGAGAAUUCUGCGACCUAUGGGUCUGUCAUUUCCUACAACCUAUACUGGCUGGUUGUAAUCAUCUACUUUUUCUGUCAAGGAUUCAAGGAAAGGAAGGGCCACUGGCCACUGCAAAAGGCUCCUCAGCAAAAUGAGGAUGCUGCUAGCGAGCCUGUUGUCGUACACGAAACGCCAGUCACGAAGCCAUAA